AUGCGAUCCGCGCAGGACGAGCAGAAGUGGCUCCGCGCCAUCGACGCACGCAUCGAGCAGCUCCACGAGCAGUCGCCGGCGACGCCCGCCAAGUUCCCAUCGGCGCUCCCGACGAUACCCGAAUCACCGCCCGUCGACGACGACCGGACGCCGACACGGAGGCCACCGGUGCACCCGUCGCGCCCGGACGUUGACGCCUCGAGUAUCGACGAUAGGUCGUCGCUCAAAGACCUGACAGGGGUGCGUCGGCGGCCGCCACGCCCGCGCGCACCGCGGAUGCCGGCCGAGGUCCUCGAGCACAUGGAGAUGGCGAGCAAGGUCGUGCACGAGAUCGGCCAAGAGAAUCUGAGUGGCCCCGAAAAGACGCUCGAAUUCAUCCGUGAACUGGGCGAGCGCAAGCGGCGGGCACUCGCGCGGCGGCAAGCGCGAUGGCGCGAAGAGCAUGCGACCGAGAGCGCGCGCCUCGAAGCGCAGCAGCACGAGAUCUUUGAAGAGAUCGAGCACCAGCAGUUCCAGCGGGUGUCCGAGUACGAGGAAGCGCUCGACUCGUUGGCGCGCAAGUACGACCGGCUUCUGGACGACGUUCACGCCAAGGACUCGAUCAUUACCGAGCUCACGCAGAAAGCUUCGUCGUCUCCCGUCCGAGUCCAUCCGUCCGUAUCCCAAAGCGAGCCAGAGGAAGACCCGAUGGACGCUCUCAAUGACGCCGUCUCGGACAUCAUCUCCGAGGCCGACGUCAAAGGCGAAGGUGGCAACCGAUUUGGCCAUCCGCACAUCGAGGCCAUGUUGAUCUUUGUACAAGAGACGUACGAGGACCUCCGACGACAGUACCCCCGGCUCGAUGCAAGCGUGGAUGUUGCCUCCUGGGUCCUUCUCCUGCUGUUGCUCGUCUACGCCAGCUACGGUCUCUGCGCCUGUAUGUGGACGACCGUCGAGCUUCGAGACGAACGGCUCAUUCGCGACCUCGUCGUCACAUUGCGUCGCCAAGUAUCGACGCAGUAA